AUGCUACGAGUUGCUUCUACCCCUGUUCUGUGCGAGAGCCACAGUGACUGCAAGGGCUGCCAUGAACAACCCACCAAGAGAUCGAUCAGCCUGUUGAAGCUCCCCAAACUCCGUCUAGGACGCCGAAAGUCUUCCGCCACCUUUGAUUUGGAUCACGACGAGUGUUCUUCCAACCGCAGUAUGGAAGUCGUGGAGCGUGUUGUGGGAGGAUGCUUAAAGUUCCCCACACAAGCCAUGAGUGUGGCAGAGACAUAUGCUCCCCCCGUUGGCUUGGAUACCCGCGCCGUAUCGUUCGGGUCCAUGGAAGUUCUCAUCUUUCCUCUAACGCUUGGAGACAAUCCCGCGGUGAGCGUGGGACCUCCACUCGCCAUGGGCAAUGAACUGCACGCGCGACUACAGUUGAGUGUGGAGCAAUACGAACUGACGCGGCCCGCACGACGCACCAAGCCCGAACUGGCUGUGCCGAAAGCCAUUCGGGAAGACUGGUUGCGCGACGAAGGAUUUGCCCGCAGUCAAUGGAGACAAAUGGAAGAUGAACUGUUGGCCAUUAAAAAGUCUCGCAAAGCCAGUUCCAAGGGAUGCACUUCCGAGUUCUUUCUGCGGCUCUUUGGCACGGCCAGCAGCAGUAGACGACCCAAGAGGACUUCUGUUCUGCGCAAGUAA